AUGGACUCUGGCAGCAUCAGUGAACACUCUGAAAAGCAUGGCCCCGAGCAUGCUCAUACCGCUAUCGCCAAACUUCGGGAUGUCGACGUAGCUGCCGCCCUAGACUCAGAUAAGCCGCUGGAUCCAGAGGUCGCUGCCCGCCUAAGGAAGAAAAUUGACUGGCAUCUCAUGCCGCUCAUGUGUAUCAUGUACCUCAUGGCCUUCGCGGACAAGAUAACGCUUGGACAGUCGGCAGUGCUGGGUAUCUUACCUGGCGCCAACUUGACACAAAAUCAGUUCAACUGGCUAGGGACGGUCUUCUAUCUGAGCUAUCUCGCUUUCGAGUACCCGCAGAACCUUGCGCUCCAGACACUGCCUGUGGGCAAGUGGAUGAGCGUCAACAUCUUCGUCUGGGGUGUUGCUCUUUUAUGUCAUGCAGCAUGCAAGUCUUUUGGAGGGCUCUUCGCCGUCAGGUUCAUUCUCGGCAUGUGCGAAGGCGCUAUCACCCCCGGGUUCAUGAUUGUGACCUCCAUGUUCUAUACUCGCGCGGAACAGAACAAGCGUGUCGGGUAUUGGUUCCUUAUGAACGGUUUUGCCAUUAUCUUCCUUGGUUUCGUCAGUUUCGGUGUUUUACAUACCCAGACCGAGAACUUCAUGCCAUGGCAGUGGCUGAUGGUCAUCACCGGCAUUAUUACUCUCGUGACGGCCGUUCUAUUCUGGUUCUUCUUCCCAGAUUCUCCCACCACAGCGUACUUCUUGACGGCGGAGGAGCGCGCUCAAGCGGUCCAGCGUAUCAAGAUUAACCAAGCUGGUGUCGAGAACAAGCAUUGGAAGCGAGACCAAUUUAUUGAAGCGUUCACGGAUCCUAAAGUAUGGGUUAUGGCACUAUUUGCUGCAGUUGGCAACGUCGUCAAUUCGUUGACCAACCAGAGGCAACUUAUCAUCAAUCAGUUUGGGUUUACCCCGAUACAAACUACGUUGCUUGGCUCCGUUGACGGUGUCGUCGAGAUUUUGACCAUCUGGCUGGGCGUCUCGCUGGCGGCGAUCCCUGCACUCGGACGAGGCUAUACAGCGGUGAUGUGCUUCGUUCCGGCUCUACUUGGAUCUAUCCUUGUCAGCACGCUACCUUCGCACAACAGGAUUGGUCUGCUUUUUUCGUAUUGGAUAGCCAUCUUCGUUUUCGUACCUUUCGUCAUUCUCCUUGGAUGGAUGGGAACAAUCACCUCGGGUCAUACGAAGAAAACAACCGUCAACGCUAUCGUUCUCUGCGCGUAUGCUAUUGGAAACGCUGCUGGGCCUUUCAUGUGGAAGAAGCAUUACCAGCCACGAAACCACGUCCCAUGGGCCGUCAUCUCGGCCUGCAUAUUCACAUGCGCUAUGCUUAUGCUGCUUCUGCGCUUCAUGCUUACCUCCGAAAACAAGCGCAGGGAUGCUGAGAAAAGGGAUGAUACAUACGACGACGUAUAUAUCACUGAGGUAACAGCGGAUGGGAAGACGAUUGAGAAACGCGUUGACAGGGCUUUCCUUGACCUUACCGACAUCCAGAACAGGGAUUUCCGAUAUGUCUUAUGA